AUGACAUCAUUAAUAGAACGUUUGAAACGACCGGCUCUCGCCACCUCUCCAACCGCUGCCAGCAUUUCCGGCGCUCUUUUGGUUUCACCUGUCCAUGUCAGCUCGUCGUCCGCCGCACCCGCCGUCCAACCAUCCGCGUCGGUCACUCCAGUAGCCAAGAAAAGUACAAUUUGGACACCUCAUGCUGAGACACUCCCCCACAACCAUCGAGCCUUCACCCACUACUUCACCGCUCGGAGAAAAUUCAAGAAAGAAGCUGGAAUUCCAGCCCUAUUGGAUCCAGUGAGCUUGGAAUACGCACAACUUCGAAGGGAAGCCGAUGAGAACUUUGCGACCAAUCCGAUUUAUAAGGAAGAGAUUCUAAAGGAAAAGAUGGAGUGUCUCUACCACCCCCAAAACGGACCGCUUCCCCAACAAGUAAAGUUUCCGGUUCAGGUGCUUGUCCUGUACAAUAAGUACAGAUCAAUAAGGAAGGAUCUGAAACUUCCGGAGUGGUCUAGUGUCAAGGAGGCUGCAGGGGAGGAGUACUGGAGGUGGACUGUGAAGGCCACACAGCUUUUCGACGAGCACACUGUCCAACUGACCAAGGGAUACGUUUGGGUUCCCGAGAGGAACAAGGGAGGCAGGAAGAGGAAGAGAGAGGAGACGGAGGAUGAGGAGGAGGCGGAAGAGACGGACGACAACACCCGUAUAACCUCUUCUUCAAAAACUCCUGCUUCGGAGAUCGACAAAUAUAGUCCUGAGCUUUGA